GUUCAAAGUUUCAAUUAUUCAAGUUUAGCCUAUUGAUAUUCACAUAUUCACUAUACAUUGUAAUAAAUUGAAGGAAGUAAAUAAAUAAAAGAAAAGAAAAGAAAUAUGAAAGCAUCAGCAGCUGGCUGUUGAAAGCUAGUACAUUCAAUUAUAUUCUGGCCUACAUAGGUGUCUAUUUACCUUGUAGGAAGUUAAUAUCUUUCAUCUGACCCUCUCACCUCUUACUCCUUAUUUUUCACCAUGCCUCCUAAGAAACAAACCCCCAAGAAAGGGUCGUCCCAGUCUGGUCGUCCAAAGAAACCUCCUGAGACAAAGGAAGACUUCGAGGCAGAGCUCAAGCUCCUAGCUGGUCAAGCCAAGGAAGAGACUUGGUCCAAUUGGGCCAUCCAGCAGAGUAUCGUCUAUGGCAAGGCAUUGGCCCUCGUCACCCUCAUGGCCGCCUAUUCCAAUGUCUCCUUGCUAUCAUUGUCGCCAGUGUACGGUCAAAUCCCUGCCACCAGGCUACACCAAAGAGUCAUUUGGUCUGCCCUAUUUGUCGGCUGGGGUGCCAACAUAGUUCUCAGGCAAACCCUACCUGUCAAGACCAUAAAGCUGCUGCCCCUGAUAGCCGCGUAUAUCCCCAUGGUCCAGUACUUCCUGUUUCAGUAUAGCGAGACCUUCGGCGCGGAGCUGGGACCCGCGAUCACAGAGAGUCUCACCUUAUUCCCGCUCGUUGUCCUCAGUACAGCGUGCAUCGCGGAUGUCCUGGAAGAUGCCGAUCUAAGUGGGUUGCCCAAGUCCAUUGCUGGCUCGGCACCCGGUUUGAGCGCUUAUACGAUAUUCAACUUGAUUCAAAGUGCUUCCCUACGCCAGUUACUUGCACAGAUUGGCACAUCCAUGAUGCAGACUCGCGUUAGUCUUCAACUUGUCUUCACUUCGACGUACAGCAUCAUGGCUCGGUCGAAACUCUUGGCAUGGGCCCUGCCGGCGCUGGUGCAUACCGCUUUCUUUAACACGCAUUUCAUGACCCCAAUGGCUACGAGUUCCCUAAACUCUACUCUCAAUGCGAGCGGAUGGUCGUUGGUAGACCGUUGGGAAUCGAACACUGGCUAUAUCUCAGUUUUGGACAGUUACCAAACUGGGUUUCGGGUUAUGAGAUGCGACCAUAGUCUACUUGGUGGCGAAUGGACCAAGUUUCCGCGGAGAAUCGUUGGGGAGCCAAUUUACAGCGUCUUUACUCAGCUUGAAGCAGUGCGCCUUGUCCAAGUCCCCAACAAAGCCCCUGAUAACGAAGCGAAAGCUCUAAACAUCGGCCUCGGAAUUGGGACUACUCCAUCAGCAUUAAUAGCACACGGUAUCAAUACGACCAUUGUUGAAAUUGAUCCCGUAGUGUAUGACUUUGCGCAGAAGUACUUCCAUCUACCGUCAAACCACACGGCUGUGAUCCAAGAUGCCAUCUCCUGGAGUCAGUCCAACAAGGAUGACCUCCACGAAAACUACGAUUACAUUGUACAUGAUGUGUUCACAGGCGGCGCAGAACCAAUCCCCCUAUUCACCGACGAAUUCCUCAGGAACUUAAAGCACAUGCUAAAACCCAAUGGUGUGAUAGCCAUAAAUUAUGCUGGCGACUUCACACUGCCCCCAUUAGGCAUCGUUAUCAACACCAUCAAAGAAGUCUUCCCAUCCUGCCGCAUCUUCCGAGAGAACGAGCCCCCUUCCUCGGAGACCGUCGCAGAAGCCGGGCGCGACUUCGACAACGUCAUCGUUUUCUGCACCAAGGCCACCGUCCCGGUCACCUUCCGCCCGGCCAUCGAGGCCGACUUCCUCCAGAGCCUCUCCCGCAAGGGCUAUCUCUUUCCGAAAUACGAGGUCUACCAGUCGAGCUUGUUAGGCUCCGAAGAGGCCGGCAUCCUGAGGGUCAACGAGACCGAGAAGCUCGCCGAGUGGCAUGAUCAGGGCGCUUUGGGACAUUGGGCAGUCAUGCGGACGGUUCUGCCCGUACAUAUAUGGGAAAGUUGGUAGGCGCAAAUGACAAUAGGGCAUACAGCUCUGGGCUAAGUUGUUCGAACGAUAUUUCUGGCGAUAUGGUGGGUAUAUAUGAAAAGCGAAAUAAAGAAUCCAUUUGAGUUUGACCCAGAGUGAUUGCGUAUACCUGAAAUGUGAUUUUUUACUCACACCCCUAUUAAGGUAGCUGAGGUUAGUACUAUGUAGGUACCUAGGUAGCUACUACUAGGUACCCAUUCGAGAAAAACUAAAACGAUGACAAUAAUG